GAUCCCUGAGUGCCCGUGGAUGUGGAACUGGUCUUGACAUCUGUCCAGAAGGGCAGAAAUGGAAAGCAACGUGCGGGCUCUGCCCAGCGGGACGUCCCGGUGGGAUGCGGGGAUGCAGACAUCAAGCAAGAUCCUCUCCCUGGACAGGCAAGGAGCCAAGAAAGUCCUGGAAAUCUAUGUCAAACGUUCCCUGAGCUGCUGUGAGAGCUCUCUGGGGGCCAGGAGGAAGCAUCAGGAAGGAGCCAGAAGGUCAGGGGGAAAGGCAGAGGGGCCACAACGCUCGAAAAGUGAUUUCUACAAAUAUUCCUGUGCCAGAAGCAGCAGGAGGAAGGACAGGGAGGAAGAACCCAAAGCAUUGGACCCAGAUGAGGGUUUGGAUGAUGAGAGCAAAGCUCCCCGGAAGGUCCCUAAAGAGAAGAGGAAGCCCAAGAGGAAAAGCUCUAAAAAUGAUUCCCAACGCAGCUGGUUCAAAAGUUUCUUAAAUUUCCUCUUCAAGAAGAGUCCCGAGGAGCAGAAGGAAAACCCAGGGCAAAAAGCAAAGGGAAAAGAUGCCAAAGGUCCUCAGAGCUCGGAACCAGAUGGGAAUAAAAAACCUGGAGUGGACUCAAACACAUGCCCAGCCCUGAGCAGAACCCCAAAGAGGAGACCCAGCCUCAAGAAGGUUUUCUCCUUCAAGAAGAAUGCAGAGGAGGAGGGGGGAGACCCAACAGCUGGGACCAGGGCCAAGAGACCCAACUGCCUCCCCCUGCACCAUGGGCUGGUACCAUCCCAUCCAGCAGAUGAGGAGCAGCCCUACAGUUACUACACACAAGUCUCAGAAGAGAUCGAGCUGAUGGUGCAGGGCAGGGAGCACCAGGGGAGCAGAGGAUUUGGGGAGCAGUCACAGCCACCCAGCCCCAACGGGGUCGAUGAAGCCAUCAGGAGAAUCGUUGCCCUGCUCCAGAGUGCAGGAGAUGAGCUGGACAGGCAGGUAAAGGAGGAUGCACAGCUAUGGAAGUUCUUCAGGGACAUGUCCUACAGCUCCUUCAAGGACUUGGCUGAUGCCUACGUCCAGAGGGAAGUGACAGCCAGCAGGACCAACGCUGACCCCCAGGAGAUCCAGUUUGCCUACGCCGUGCAUUUCACAGCCCUGGUAGCAGGAAUCUGCAACCAGACACUCAACAGGAUCAUGGGCUUUGGCACCUGCUACCUGGAAGAGUCAUUUGCACCCUUGUCCUACAGCAAAAUCCUCCAGAACAGAGAAGUGUUCAGCACAGACAACUCUGAGAGCCCAGACUGAUGGUGGCUGUGCCCAAGGAUGCAGAUUUACUGAUGGGGGGGACAACACCCCCAGACCUGGAUUUGGGGUGAUUUUCUGAGCUUGGAAAUCUUCUCAGGAGAUCCACAGGAGAAUGAGAUGCUUCACA